UCAGCAUUGAAAGGCCAACUGAUAAUAUUCUAUGAAAUCCAAACACCAAACUGAGAAACAAAGAUUCAUAGAAUUGCUUUUAACAUAACUGCCUUCCAUGGUAAUAAAUGAAAUAAAUCUUAACCAUAACAUCCCGUGAAAAGCUUUUGGCUCAAGCUCAAGCUCUUCACUCUUCACCACUACUAAAGAUCCUCGUGAUGCAGAGCUCUCAAAUUUCACGAGUUUUGUAUUUCAACUCAGAGCUCUCUUCUUUUCUUUUUUUUUGAGUCGUCCCCCAAACUCCUUCAAAUACCCCAUCAAUUCUUCCUCAAAAUCAUGCACUUUCAGCAGCCUAACCUCCGUUUGAUCUUAACCUUCAACCAUGGAACUCAAAACAUUCAAAAACCGUCUUUUUGUUUCCAUUCUCUUCGUUUGCUUGGUUUCGAUUCGUGCAAACACUCUCCAAACUUACAUUGUUCAGCUCAACCCUCAAGGUGUGACCAGCUCUUCUUUUGCUUCUAAGCCGAGGUGGCAUCUCUCGUUUCUUGAACAAACAAUGUCUUCUGAAGAAGACGCUUCUUUGCGGCUUCUGUACUCUUACCAUUCUGCCAUGGAAGGAUUCGCUGCUCAGCUAUCUGAGUUGGAGCUUGAGUCCUUGAAAAUGCUGCCGGAUGUCAUUGCAAUUAGGCCUGACCAUCGGCUCCAAAUACACACCACUUAUUCUUACAAAUUCUUGGGACUCGGCGCUUCAAGUGAAGGUGCUUGGUACAAAUCUGCGUUUGGUAGAGGCACGAUCAUUGGGGUGCUUGAUACCGGAGUUUGGCCUGAGAGUCCAAGCUUCAAUGAUCGUGGAAUGCCCGCAGUUCCCAAGAAAUGGAGAGGAAUUUGUCAAGAAGGGCAGAACUUCAAUACUUCAAAUUGCAACCGAAAACUCAUUGGCGCCAGGUUCUUCACUGAAGGCCAUCGCGUAGCUUCAUACACACCAGAUGGAGGUCGUGAGUAUGUGUCACCACGUGAUUCUCACGGGCAUGGAACUCACACAUCAUCAACAGCAGGGGGCGCUACUGUCCCAAUGGCAAGUGUUUUCGGCAAUGCAGAUGGUGUGGCUCGAGGAAUGGCCCCGGGAGCGCAUAUAGCGGUGUACAAAGUCUGCUGGCUCAAUGGAUGUUAUAGCUCUGAUAUCCUUGCUGCAAUGGAUGUUGCAAUUAGAGAUGGAGUAGACAUUCUCUCCCUCUCUUUAGGUGGGUUCCCCAUUCCACUUUACGACGACAGCAUUGCAAUUGGAAGUUUUCGAGCAGUGGAGCAUGGAAUUUCAGUUGUGUGCGCAGCAGGCAACAAUGGUCCAAUCCAAGGCUCAGUUGCCAAUGAAGCUCCUUGGAUCACUACCGUUGGUGCAAGCACACUAGACCGAACAUUUCCAGCCAUAGUUCAAAUGGGGAACGGAAAAUACCUCUAUGGAGAAUCUUUGUACCAGGGAAACCAUCUUAAGAGAGCAGGGAAAGAGCUUGAACUGGUUUAUGUGACAAGUGAGAAUAGUGGAAGUGAAUAUUGCUUCAAAGGGUCACUUCCACGAGCAAAAGUCCGUGGAAAAAUCGUGGUUUGUGACCGAGGUGUCAAUGGAAGGGCAGAGAAAGGCGAAGUGGUGAAGGAAGCUGGGGGUGCUGCAAUGAUUUUGGCAAACACAGCGAUAAACCUAGAGGAAAACUCCGCCGAUGUCCAUGUCUUGCCUGCAACUCUCAUUGGCUUCAAAGAAUCAGUUCACUUGAUGGCUUACAUAAACUCUACUAGGAGACCGACAGCUAGAAUUGUAUUCGGUGGUACAGUUAUAGGAAAAUCCAGAGCACCAGCAGUAGCUCAAUUCUCCGCUAGAGGACCGAGCUAUUCAAACCCUACAAUCCUCAAACCGGAUGUGAUUGCUCCCGGGGUCAACAUCAUUGCUGCUUGGCCUCAAAACUUAGGCCCCACUGGCCUUCCAGAUGAUUCUAGAAGAGUGAAUUUUACUAUCAUGUCGGGGACAUCAAUGGCCUGUCCUCAUGCCAGUGGAAUUGCUGCUCUUAUACGCUCAGCUCAUCCCAAAUGGAGCCCUGCAGCCAUUAAAUCUGCCGUUAUGACAACUGCUGAGGCAACUGACCAUUCAGGAAAACCGAUAAUGGAUGGAGACAAACCAGCUGGAGUUUUUGCAAUUGGUGCUGGACAUAUCAACCCCGAAAGAGCCAUUGAUCCUGGGUUGAUUUAUGACAUCAGGCCGCAGGAUUAUGUCACGCAUUUAUGCACUCUUGGAUACACAAAAUCAGAAAUUCUUACCAUCACUCACCAGAACGUUAGCUGCCGUGAACUUUUGAAGAUGAACAGGGGUUUCAGCCUCAAUUACCCCUCCAUUUCAGUAAUUUUCAAACAUGGUACGAGAAGUAAAAUGAUCAGAAGGCAAGUAACAAACGUCGGGAGUCCUAAUUCCAUUUACAAGCUGGAAGUAAUGGCACCGAAGGAAGUAAAAGUGAGAGUUAAACCUCAAAGGUUAAUGUUCACAGACAUCAAUCAGAGUUUGAGUUAUAAGGUAUGGUUUAUAUCAAGGAAGAGAACAGAAAAAAGGAAGAUGAGCUUUGCACAAGGGCAGCUGACUUGGGUGAAUUCUAACAAUAGCUUGAACCGGGUUAAAAGCCCCUUCUCGGUGACUUGGAAGUAAAAGGGCUCAUCACGGCAUGAGAGUGGCUGUGGUAGUUCUUCUCUAGGAAUCAAAAAUCCAUUGCUAUUGACUCAUUGGAUUCACAUUUAUGACGACUCAAGGGCGAAUACCUUAUCCUAGUAGCUUUUCGGGGGAGAAAAUUUGAGAUGUAAACUGUCCUUUUAUCAUCUGAUAAAAGGCAGAUGCUUUUACUGUAUUAACUACAAGUCUUUUAUGCUGUUGGAAAUCUUUCGACUUAUAACUCGUUCUACUUAAAAUGUUUCUGCAGUGAUAAAGAUUCAUGUUACUGUCCUACUGAAAUGAAUUUACAUAUAAAUCUCAGUAUCUUGUAUAAGAAACCCCUUCUUAAAUCAUCUACGUCUCAACUUAACAGAACAUGUAACAAAAUUUUCAACGCAACAUGAAAUCCUAGGCAGAUAUAGAAAGAAACUUACACGGUGUCAACGCCUUAACAAAUCUGCAUCCUGCAACGACAAGAUAAAUGGUUGAACACAUAGGCUGGAUCAUCUAAUCUGUUACCUUCAUCGUAUCAUUCUUCAAAUUACAACAGAGUAAUUAAAAGAAAUAAGGCUUUGAAAUUUGGGCUUUCUCACCUCUAUAACUCAAAAUACAGAGUACUGACAGAAUUCUCAAUUAAGAGCAGAAAAAUUGGUUGAAUCAGAAGGACGAUGCUGUACUUGCAUUACAGGACACGUGUGGAUUAAUAAGAUUUCCGAGUAA